AUGAAUGAAAAUGGAGGGCUGACAGAGAGAGAAGUGAGCACGCAGCACGCAAAGGAGGGGUCUUUCAUGGCCGAUCUUAUGAUCUCUUUUUUCUUUGGUCGAAGGUCUUAUGAUCUUAUAUGGGCUUUGGCAGGUGGGUAUGGUGUGCCAACGACUGUGCUUUUGCCAGCGAAAAAGGGCAAAAGAAAGGAGGAAAGUGACAGCACUGGUGCAGGAGAGCCUCCAGAGGAACAGAGGAACAGAGACAGAGAUAGGGAUAGAGAUAGAGAUAGAGAUAGAGAUAGAGACAGACAGAGACAGAGUAAGACAGAUGAUGGAGGAUCUAGUACCAAUUCCAAAUUAAUACUAACGCACGGCGACCAACAAGAGUUAGAGAGCAGAAAUCCAUUUCCACUGCUUUCCUAG